AUGUCGAAUGUCGAGGUGCAGGUCCAUGCAGCAAGGACGGCAUCUGUUGACGAAUUGCAGAAGGAGCUCAUUAAACACCUCGCAAGUAUCACGUACAUUCUCGGACAUGAUCUUGCGCUCCAGGUUUCGCGCAUGCAGAUCUUCAUCAGGGCUUCUAGAACUCAACAACUCUCAAACGGUCCUCCUGGUAUUGGAACGACUGGAACUUCCACUUCUGUCGUCUAUCGUCUCGCCAAGGUGGAUCUCGGUCAAGAGCUCUCAUAUUCACGUAAGUCCCUUAAAAAGCUUACCUUGAACUACAUCUCUGCACGAGUAUGGGAUCCAACCACGAAUCUGCAAGUCGCCACGGCUUACUUUGGAAAAGAUAACGAUAUCCUCCCCGCUAAGUCAUCCGAAGAUCCAGGUCCCGCUCAACUUCUCAACGCUGGUAUUUAUACCACUGGGUCAAGGCCAAGCGUAAACUUCAGGCUCAUACUUACUAUGGAUAUUGCUGGAUUGCCGUCGACCCAAUCCACAUCCACACAGGUGGAUGCAGCCCCUUGCCCUAUCGAGCAGCUUCGAGCUGCACAUCAAUUCAGUAUAAUGGCGAUCCGCGAUCUGCGCGUCGCCUCUCGUCUAUCUCUGAUUCUACUGUGUUCUGGCACGUUGCACUAGCUCCGCUAUUGCGUAGUCAUGGAUAUCAGUCAAAUAUGACCAUCCGUCAUUAUUUCAUGGCCUGCGCAUUCGCCUUGCUACAGUCUGUCUCUAUUUCAUAUUUUCAUUCCAGUAUUUACGGCGUUGCUCGCACCACCAUGACGUGCAGACAAACUGUUGGAUUAUAAUUAAUGCUGACAUCGGUCAAUGACUCGGUUUUUGUCUGCUGGGAUGGCUUCAAGUUGAUCUGAUUAACUUUGAUAGAUAUCGAGCUUCCACUGAGC